AUGAACAACUUUUUCAAAGUGACCUUGCUACUCGCCUUGCUAGGCCUUGCUCAAGCGGCCAGUGUGAUGCCUCGGGCCGAAACAGGUGAAGCGCUCUUACAAUAUGGUUACAAUCCACCACGCGUCAACCCAGAGUAUUGUGUUGGUUUCCGCAUCACCUACCCCACCUCGCCUGGUCAGGCCUUUGAAGCUGGCUCGUUGCAACAACUCCAUUGGGCAUUGGAAGAUGAUAUUGAUCAUCAACCUGAUAUCAUUACGCGCAUCCGUAUCCUUAACAGCACCCAGCAUAACCAGUACAUUGUUGGCGAGAAUAUUACUUUGUAUAAUGAUGACAAUCAUGGUGAAGCAACCUUCCCACUUGACAUUGAUGAUCCCUCUGGUUUAUACCACUACCGUAUCAUGGUCAACUACCCUGGAACAACAACCCACUGCGUUUAUGAAUCUGUGCCCUUCAUGAUCCUCCAGAGUGCUUCCAAGAAAUACAAAGUGGGCGGUACCAGAGGUGCAUUCCAGGCUCCACAAGUCCAAGCAUACCCUGUCCAUAUGGGCCCAUUGCCACUUCAAAAUGAGGAGUUGUUUAAGGAAGUUCGACACCAAUAUUCCCUUCACUAG